AUCUGCUCCGGGCACCUGUGAAAUGGGCACCAGAGCUCCAUUCAGUCAUGAGACGUGAUGCCAUUUCUGAAGCUGACCGAUCAGAUGAGGGAUUUCCAUGCGGGCCCUCCCAGGAGCAGAGAUUACAGUUCAUUAUGGAAGAUGAAGCCUGCCGAGGGAGCCUGGUCCAGACUGGAGCACGGAGUAGCUCUAGCUCCUACAAAGCAUUGUGGCAGCAUCUACCAAAAUACUUGUUUUCAGUUUAGCAUCCUCAAUUCACAGCGUUUUAGGGGAGAGACCUUAUUCUUUACUCCUAGAAUAAGGUGGAAACCUUAUUCUAGGAGUAAAGGCUGGAAAAUGGAUCUCCCUGGGGGCUUCUGAGCUGUGAGGACAUUAGUGGUGGGUGUGCACGGCAGCAAAUGUACAGCUGUGUGCAACUGCUGAUGCAGCUGAAAUACACGGCUGGCUGCAAGCCAGGGAAUCCUGGGCCUGUGGUUAAAAGCACAAAAAAAGAAGAAGCAGAUCACAAGCUAUGGAGCCCGCCGGGAAGGCUGGGAAGGGAUUUUAGUUCUCCAAACAGUAAAUAGAUGUACUUCCUCCCUGCUCUGGGCUUCAGCUGGACGAGCGAGCAAGCGAGCGAUCGCACAGGCUGCUCAGAGGAGGCGGCGUUGGUGGCAGCUGCAGUAGGAGUUACUCCGUGGAUGCCAUGAGCUAGGCUUUCUAGUCAUCAGACUCCACUGGGAUGAGACGGGGUAACUCUGUGUCCCUCUCUUCUUCGCUGAUGCUUCUUGGAAGGAUCCCUCUGUUCCCCUCGUUCUGCAAUGGCUCUUUGCUGCUGCUCUCAUCCGCUUUUGGUCCGUGUCAGUUUUCAAUGCCCUUUCUCCCCCUUCGAAAUCACUGUGGAUGAGCAGAGCUGCAUCCCAAUGGCUCUUGCUCCCCACAACGCUUGCCUGUUUUCUUCUGCCCCUGAUCAUCUGCUCUCAGAAGAUACUCAGUGACAUCUAAUGACCUGUGUGCCCUUCCUCAGUAUGUGUCAACUUCUGCUCAGACUUCAACUUUUUCUAACUGGCCUCAUUUGUUUCAGAGUCAGAGACAAGUAAAGCAGGAAAGGAGCCCCAGUGGUCACAUCUAAUGCAAGUGCUGCCUGAGGCAGGAUCAGCCCAGUCCAAAUCAUCCUAUACAGCCAUAAUCUAAACUCCAUAUAAGACUACCCUCACCCUGACGCAACACAGACCUAACACCUGAACCUGCUAUGGGUCAAGCAGGGGAACCACGACAGUCAAUGUCCUGCGUAACUAGGACAUCAUCUACUCCAGGUGUAAGGGAUUUGACAGGUCGGAUCUCCCACCCAUCAAGCUGGCGCUGUAAAUAGGUAGAGUUUAUGUUCCUGCUUAUGCAGGGGGUUGGACUCGAUGAUCUAUUGAGGUCCCUUCUGACCCUAACAUCUAUGAACCUAACAUCUAUGAAUCUUGACCUUGACAAAUUGGAGCAUUGGGCACAAAGGAAUCUCAUAGGGUUAACAAGGACAAGUGCAAAGUCCUGCACUUAGGAUGGACCAGUCCCAUGCACUGGUACAGGAUGGGGACCACCUAGAUGAGCAGGCUCUCUGCAGAAAAGGACCUGGGGGGACAGGGGACAAGAAGCUGGGUAGGAUCCAGCAGUGUGCACUUGCUGCCAAGAAAGCUACCGGCAUCCUGGGCUGCAUCGGUAGGAGCGUGGCCAGUACGUCUAGGGAAGUGAUUCUUCCCCUCUAUUCAGCACCGGGCAGGCCACAUCUGGAGUCCGGUGUCCAGCUGUGGGUCCCACUACAGAAAGGAUGUGGACACAUUGGAGAGAGUCCAGUGAAGGGCAGCAAAAAUGGUUGUGGGGCUGGAGGACAGGACUGGUGAGGAGAGGUUGAGGGAAAUAGGCUGAUUGAGUCUGCAGAAGAGAAGAUUAAGGGGGGAUUGAAUAGCAGCCUUCACCUCCCUGCAGGGGGGCUGCAAAGAGGAUGGAGCUGGGCUGUUCUCAGUGGGGGCAGAUGACAGGACAAGGAGCAAUGGGCUCGAGCUGCAGCAAGGGAAGUUGAGGUUAAAUGAUAAGGAACACUUCUCACCAGGAGGGUGGGGAAGCACUGGAACAGGGUCCCCAGAGAGGUGGGGACUUUCCAUCCUUGGAGGUUUUGAAGACCCGGCUCAACAAAGCCUUGCCUGGGAUGAUGUAGUUGGGGCUGGUCCUGCUUGGAGCAGGGGUUGAACUAGAUGUGACCUCCCAAGGUCCCUUCCACCCUCCUGGUCUGUGAUUCUGUGUCUGCGAGCUGUGAAGCACUGAGGUUUCCUUUGCAAGUCUUACCCUCUUGACUCUGUGGGGAUUUGGUAUUUGAGCAGUGGUGCCAUAAAGCUUUCCAAAACACAACAGGAUUCAAAGCACCGAGCUUCAACCAUCUCCUGGACAGGGUUCUCACACGACCUGGCCGUUGGGACAGGUCAUCUGCUCUUGAGUCCAGGGCUCAAGCUGUACCGUGGCCCAGAAACCUACACAUUUGCUAAAAUGUGGUCCAUCGCUGGCAGCAUAACAGCAGGUCCAGCUGCACACUUUCACUUGAGCAGAUGCCUUGGUACCUAGGCUGAGGGCAAACAGCCCGGCCCAAUGACUAGCGAUACCGUGAUCAGCAGUUACUGCCUGUGAAGACUGCGAGUGUGUCUCAGAAGUCAGCACAGAGCAGUGAAGUUACAAAAUAGGCGUGAAGCCACCCGGUGCACCCGAGAGAGGAACGAGAGCGGCUCUGACGCCGCCAGGGGUUUCCAUCUCCAAUGAGGAAGCCUCUUGCACCACAUGCAGCGCUGAGCGUCUGUUUCCUCUCUCUGCUCAUUUCUCGCUCCUGCCGAGCUCCCGCAGAAGCACUGAGAAGGGCUCGGCGCGAGGCGGAGGUCACCCCUGGGGCUGCGCACGGCCAUGGCCCUGUGCGGGCCAGCUCUGGCCAUGCUCCUGGCUCUUCCGUCCCUCCUGUGUGCGCAGGAUCCCGCACUGUCCAGUUCCAGCAAAGUGGAAGGAGUCAAGAGUCCAGGGAAGUGCAGGAAGGAGGGCAGCUGGACCGCAAAGGUGACAUUUGACUCUGACGAGAUGGAGUUUCCAGUGAAUGCGACGGUGGCCCUGACGUGCAACGAGGGAACUGACCCCGGGCCGUUCAAUGCAACGUGCAAUAUGACAAAGGAUUACGGUGCAGCCUGGGACAUCAGUCGUGUCAAGUGUCUCCGGAUGUGCAACCCCUGGGCCAAACAGGUCGACUUCAGUUCUGCCCAGGCAGAGUUCGGUGUUGGAGCCACAGUUUUGGUAAGCUGCCAAGAGCCUUUCGAGCAGAAGGUGUUCAGCAUCACGUGCCAAGAGAUGAAGUCUGGGAAAUUUGAGUGGGACUUUUCUAAGAACAAAUGCAUCCGGAGAUGUAAACUUCCAAAGACCUGGCGGGCCAGACCAGCAUUUCCUCCCAAGAGGCAGUUCUACAGCAGAGGGGAACAAGUGGUCCUGAGCUGCCCUGAGGGCUAUCAGCCGCAGCCCUCUGAGAUCAGCUGCAUUCCAAACGGGACCCAGAGUACGUGGAGUGAGACUCCCAGCUGCCAGGGGUUUUGUACGAAGGGUGGGAACUGGCCCCCGUCCGUCUCUGCUGCCUCCUCGCAGACAGAUUUCGCAGUGGGCCAGCAGGUGCUGGUGACCUGUCUCCAAGAUCGGUUUGAGGAGGGCUCAUUCCCGAUGACGUGUGUGGAGCAGAAUGGGCGUGUGGAGUGGGACACGAGCCACGUGAACUGCACUGAAAAGUGCCAGAAACCCACCGGAGACCCAUAUCUGCGCUUUGCCCCAGACAAGCUGUACUAUGCCAGGGAGGAGCUGGUGACUCUGAAUUGCACAAAGGAUCAUGAGCCCUCGCAGCCCAUGAUCCGAUGCCUCUGGAAUGGGAGCCACAGUGUGUGGAGUGAGGAGGCCACCUGCCAGAGAAAGUGCCAAGAACCAGACUCCUGGAACAGACGGGCUGAGUUCACGCCAAAACAGUCAUCCUACAACCCAGGCGAUGUGGUGAUGUGGAGCUGCCCGGAGGCCUAUUGGCCCUCAGUGCCCCAGACCACCUGCACACAGUGGGGAACUUGGAGUGAGACUGUCUAUUGUGUGGAAAAGUGCGGAGAGCCAGUCCCCGGGGACGACCGGGCUGAGUUCACACCCAAACAGCCCUCCUACAGCCCAGGAGACUCGGUGACAUGGAGCUGCCCUGAGGGGUAUCGGCCCUCGCUGGCCAACAGCACAUGCAUGCUGUCAGGGAGCAGGAGUAGGUGGAGUUGGACUGCCUGGUGUGAUGGGUUUUGUACACUUAGUGGAAACUGGCUCCAGCUCAUGUUUACAGAAUCCCUCCCGACAGAGCUUGCACUUGGUCAGAGAGUCCGGGUGAGCUGUCGCCAGGAGCAGUUUGAGGGGGGCUCAGGCUGGCUGCUGUGUGUGGACCGAGCCGGGCGUCCUGAGUGGGACACAAGCCGCGUGAAGUGCAUCGAGAAAUGCCACAGGCCCCAAUGGGACCCCAGACUUCAGUUUGCACCAGACCGACCGUUUUAUAGCCGGAAUGAGAUGGUGAAGCUGAGCUGCCUGGAUGGGUCUCCUCCAUCGCUCCCUGAGAUCUACUGUGCGAGGCAUGCUCAGGAUAAGCAGAAAGUCUGGGCUGUGUGGGGUGGCUGGAGCGGACGGCGCCACAUUGAAGAGAACGUGACCUGUGCAGACAGCCCCAACAUCAUCACUGGGACACCAUUGAUUACACCCAUUAGCAUUAGCCUCGGCUGGAGUUGCACCCCCUCUAAGUCCUGCCUGAGCAUUUCAGCCAUGGAGGUCAAGUGCCUGCCGGCUGGACCCCAGGCCAACCCCUGCUGGAGGCCAGCAGACAGCGCAGAGAAGGCAUUAGGAGGCCAGGCUGGGACACUUAUCUGCAGCAACCUGCAACCCUUCACCCUCUACAACGUCACCAUCUCUGCACGGUAUGGGGCUACCAGAUCCUCCCCCAGUGUUGUCCUCUACACGCAGCUUCUCAGGACAAGUGAAACAGUGCCAGCCCAGCCCCAGAUAGAGCCGAGGGACCCCAGCACCGGAUCCCUGCGGUGGAAGCAGCUGCCGUCCUGCCAUGGGGACAUCCUCGGGUACCAGCUGAACAUCACGGCUCGGAGAGAGUACAACGGCAGCUUCCUCGAGGCACGGGUGGUGCAGCUGAACGCAUCGGUCACUGAGUACAGGCCUCCCCGCUGGAGACCCUGGACCAACUACACGGUGACAGUCCAGGGCCUAACAGCUGCCGGCCUCGGAGAGGCAUCAAAAUACGCCUUCGAAACGGAGAUUGCAGAUCCGGACAUCCCUUCUGCCAUCAGGAGCCUGAGCAUCCGCGAUGUCUCCCAGAGUGGGACAGCCGUGCUCCCCCUGCACCCUGUUCCUGAGCUCCGCGGCCCGAUACAGGAGUACCAGAUCAUCGUCACUGUGGGGCCCAAUGGCAGUGAAGCGGAUGACUGUCUUGCACUGGACCUGCAACCAUUUAAUGCCAGCCAGGGGCACAAGGCAUAUGUAGCAGCUGUGGUCCCCGCACACAACCUGACGGGCCCCAUGGACUUCGUGCUAGGGGACGGGGUCUGUCGCGAGGGGUACUGCAAUGCUCCCCUCCAGCUCGGCCAGAACUACACGGCCCUGGUCCGCGUCGUCAGCCGCUGGAAGCAGGUGGAGAAAGCCAGCUGUGCGCGCUACGACUUCUCUGUUGGGUCGGUCUCGAAGGGGGAGCCUCUGAGCAAAGCUGUAGCACUGGCUGUGGUGGUGGCGGUCCUGGUGCUCCUGGUAGCUAUCGCUGUGCUGGUCUUGCUCUCCAGGAGGAAGCGGAAUAAGUCAAAGGACCAUGAGAGCAAUGGCAUGAUCCCCCUGAGGAGUCGUCGAGCAGGGACAAGCAAGCUGAACACUCAGAUCCUGGUGCCUGAACUGCUGGAGACUCUGAAGAGGUUUAGGAGAGCAGAAAUGGCAGUGGAGGAAGAGGCAGAAGAAGACACAGACCUUGAGAGGCCUAAAGCUGGGUGUGAAGCUGAGUAUCAGAAGCUGAUCUCAGGUUUGCUGCAUGCCUGCGAUGCUGGGAAGGAGCCCUGCAACCAGGGCAAGAACCGCUACAAGAACAUCAUCCCAUACGAUCAUGUCCGCGUGGUGCUGCAAUCCGCUGAGCAAUCGUCUGAUUACAUCAAUGCCAGCUACAUAGAUAGCUACAGGAGCCCCCGCUUCUUCAUCGCGGCGCAGGGCCCACUGCAGGGUACGGUGGAGGACUUCUGGCAGAUGAUCUGGCAGGAGAAGACCUCAGUCAUCGUGAUGUUAACUGACCUGGUGGAGCAGAAUAAGACCAAGUGCGAGCAAUACUGGCCGGAGCAGGAGCAGGAGUACAGGGACAUCACGGUGACACUCAGCAACAUGAGGAUCACCACGGGCUUCAUCACACGCACUUUCCGCCUGCAGAAGGCGGGCUGUCCCCUUCCCAGACUCGUGGAGCAGCUCCAUUACCAGCUGUGGCCAGACCACGGCGUGCCCCGAAACCCAGCCCAGCUCCUGCAGCUGGUGGAGAUGGUGAACAAGAGGGUGUCGGAGGCCCCAGGUGGCCCCGUGGUGGUGCACUGCAGUGCAGGGAUCGGCCGCACGGGCACCUUCAUCGCUCUGGACUCCCUCCUGAAGAUGGCCAGGGCCGAGGGCAAGGUGGACGUCUUCGAGUGCGUGCAGAAGCUGCGGGAGCAGCGGGUCAGCAUGGUGCAAGCCCAGGAGCAGUACGCCUUCCUGUACGAGGUGCUGCUGGAGGGGCUGCUGUGCGGCAACACGGGGGUCCCGGUGGAGAACGUCUGCAGCCACGUCGACCACCUCAAGGCGCUCGACCCCCAGACGCAGACCAGCAGGCUCACGCAGGAGUUCAAGGCACUGCAGAAGUUCUCCGAGCUGUUCCAGCUCUCCGCGUGCAGAGAGGCCGAGAAGCCCAGCAACCAGCCCAAGAACCGCAAGCCAACGAUCCUGCCAGCGGAUCACAACCGCCCCAUCCUGAUGUCCUCCCUGAAACUGGAUGGCUCGCCAGGCUACAUCAAUGCGGUCUUUGUCAGCACGUACACUGAAGAUGACCGUGUGAUCGUCACCCAGCUGCCGUUCAAGGAGACGGUGGUGGACUUCUGGGCUCUGCUCUGGGACUACACCUGCACCUCGCUGGUCCUGCUGAAUCAGAUCAAGGAGCUGGACCAGACCUACCUGGAGUUCUGGCCCAGUCACGGAGAGUCCACCUAUGGCCGUUUCCAUGUCACGCUGAUCUCAGAGGAGCCGGGAGCUGGCUUCACCGUCCGGACGCUUGCUGUAGCCAACAAGCAGCAGCCCAAGAAGGCCGUGCUGGAGGUCAAGUUCUGGCAGCUGGACGACUGGCCCAUGCAGCAGGAGCUCCCGCCAUGCCCGGCCACCAUCAUCAGCUUGCUGGGGGAAGUGGAGAGGUGCCAGCGCAAGAACCAGGACAGCCACGUGCUUGUCACCUGCUGGGACGGUGCCAGCCGGUGCGGGCUCUUCUGCGCCGCCGGCUUCCUGUGCGAGCAGAUCCGCAGCGAGGCGCUGGUGGACGUGUCCCAGGCCGUUAGGAUGCUGAAGCGGCAGCGGCGGCAACUGGUCAAAGACGCGAAUCAGUACGAGUUUUGCUACAAGCUCGCCCUCAGCUACCUGGACUCCUUUAAGAUCUAUGGGAACUUCAAGUAGCGGUCGCCUGGGGCCAGGACCUGUUGUUGUUGCUGCUUCUUCUGACAACUCUCAGUCAGCACCGGGGACCAUGGACCCCCCCCAGGAGCCCUUCCACCUCUGUGUUGUGCCCACAAAUGGACUGGGAGCCUUGUGCUUUGUCCAUCUGCAAACGUGGACAGUAGCAGACCUGGAGCUGCAGCUAACGUGGGGCGAAUGGGGCAGCCAGGCUCGCUGCUCCAGCCCCAGAGACCAGAAGGGAACUCUCCCCACCGCCUGCAACCAGGACGGGAAGCGGGGCUGCCUGCCUGCCCCGGAGAUGGGGGAACACAGCACCCUCCUGCAGUCCAUGCUCUCUGUCUGGCCGGCCAGGAGCCUAGGACAUGGGGGCAUUUCCCUGCUCAGUUGUGUCCUCUCUUACUUCACUUCCACCCUGUUAUUUCUGGCCUGCCCCUGUUGGCAAGCUUGUGCCAGCUCCUGGAUACGGCACUGCCAGACCCUCUCCUCCGUGAAGCAGCCGGUGCCUGGGAGGUGGCAGACACCGCGCGGGACAGGCUCGACUGGCACCGCACCAAGACUCUAAGCGAACUCAACACUAGGACGGUCCCAGGAUGCUCUAUGUUGCACCAGUAAAAUCUUUUAAUUGGUACCGGG